AUGCUGCUCCGAUUGCUCGCCGUGCUCGGACUUGUAGUCGCCAGUGCUUCCGCCGGACCGACUAGAUCCUCCAAACUCAUCUUCCUCAAUGAAGAAAACUGGGAAGACCUUUUGAAAGGAGAGUGGAUGAUCGAAUUCCACGCUCCAUGGUGCCCAGCUUGCAAGGAUCUUCAAAAGGCAUGGAACGCAUUCGCCGACUGGUCUGACGAUCUUGGAAUCAAAGUAGGAGAAGUUGAUGUCACUGUCAACCCAGGACUCUCCGGAAGAUUCCUCGUCACUGCUCUUCCAACAAUUUAUCACGUCAAGGAUGGAGUCUUCCGUCAGUAUUCUGGAACCCGUGAUAAGAGCGACUUCAUCUCAUUCGUUGAGGAUAAGAAAUACCGUGUGAUCGAUCCAGUUCCAGACUACAAGCACCCUAACUCCAAGCAAAUGGCUGUCGUCGCCGUCUUCUUCAAGCUCUCGAUGGCUGUCCGUGACUUGCACAACCAUCUUGUCGAGGAUAAGGGAAUUCCAUCAUGGGCCAGCUACGGUCUCUUCGCUGGAGUCACUCUCGCACUUGGAUGUGUUCUUGGAUUCUUCAUCGUCAUUAUCAUUGAUCAAGUCUUCCCAACUGGACCAAGAAAGUCACAACAAGCAAAGAAGACUGAGAAGAAGGACACCAAGAAGGAUUCUGGAACUGAAUCUCCAACAAAGAAAAAUGGAAAUAAUAACAACACCAAAGAAACUAAGAAAACCAAGUAA